UGCCAACCAAUGUUUGUAUACGUGUGCUUGUGGUGUUGGACAUUUGCUUCGUUAGAUGAACAAAACACAAUAUUUUAACAUAAACAAACUGAACAAUCGCUCAAAAACAGUACCGCAGAUGAAAGGUUGAACAAGGCAAUACUGAACAACGUUAGAACGAUUCAAAAUAAGUCGGUAAUGAUUAGACGAACCUUAUAUGUGAGCUUGUGAGAGUACAAAGACCUGUUUCGAUUCACUGACGUGUAGUUGUUGAACGGAGAGAACGCCACUGAAACUCGCUAUAGCUCUAAUAAGUAAACAAACCGGGUCCGCUUCACAGCAGAAGAUAACACCCCGACAGCAUUAACGUAGUCGUACAGCGUUUAACAUCGAAUAGAUACGUGUCGGUCACGGGCUCAUUAGUCAUCCUGAGGCGGAAAAUCUAACACAAUGGAAACUGUUGGUCAGAUGCGGGCGCUUAUUCUAGUCGGAGGGUACGGGACACGUUUGAGGCCACUCACACUGAGCACCCCGAAGCCACUGGUCGAAUUCGCCAAUAAGCCCAUUUUGCUUCACCAAAUCGAAGCACUUGUGGAGGCUGGCGUUAACCAGGUUAUUCUAGCGGUGUCCUAUCGGGCUGAACAAAUGGAGGCAGAACUGAAGCAAAAGGUUGAAAAACUGGGCGUGAAAUUAAUAUUUUCACACGAAACGGAACCACUCGGAACCGCUGGCCCACUAGCGCUUGCCAAAGACAUUCUAGCGGAAAGCUCGGAGCCAUUUUUCGUGCUCAACUCGGACGUGAUCUGCGACUUUCCAUUCAAAGAACUGGAACAAUACCAUCGACGACAUGGUAAAGAGGGUACCAUCGUUGUGACCAGGGUAGAAGAGCCAUCCAAGUAUGGAGUAGUCCUGUACUCGGAUAACGGAUGCAUCAAAAGCUUUAUCGAAAAACCUCAGGAAUUCGUUAGCAAUAAGAUUAACGCCGGAAUGUACAUUCUGAACCCAUCGGUGCUUUCGCGGAUUGAGUUGAAGCCGACAUCGAUCGAGAAGGAGAUUUUCCCAGUCAUGUCGCGUGAGGAAGAACUGUACGCUUUCGAGCUGAACGGAUUCUGGAUGGAUAUUGGACAACCGAGGGAUUUCCUAACCGGCAUGUGUUUGUAUCUGAACUCGCUCCGUCAGCGUCAACCGGAGCUUCUGUAUGAUGGCCCUGCGGGGCACGUUGGGAACGUUUUGGUUGAUCCGAGUGCCAAAAUUGGAGUCGGCUGCAGGAUUGGUCCAAAUGUGACCAUCGGACCGGAUGCGGUGAUCGAAGACGGUGUAUGUAUUAAGCGAUGCACAAUCCUGCGCGGUGCGGUAAUCAAAUCGCACUCGUGGCUGGAGAGCUGCAUCAUUGGAUGGCACAGUACGGUCGGACGAUGGGUACGACUCGAAGGCACCACCGUGCUCGGGGAGGAUGUCAUUGUGCAAGAUGAAAUCUACAUCAAUGGAGGUCAAGUACUGCCGCAUAAGAGCAUAGCGUUAAGUGUUCCUGAGCCACAAAUCAUUAUGUAGGAGGGGAUGAGGUGCGCGUUGUGUUUACCAUUAUUUUCGUUUACAUGCGGAUGUUUGGUAAACAAAUCGAAAAAUCGGCAGGCCACCGAAUAAAUAUUGUAAACCAGCUAUUCGGUGAGUGACUAAUGCACCGCGAACUGGUGUUUCUGAUUAAGAUAAUGUGUGGGUUAUAUCGCAUUUCGAAGCCAGUUUUUUAGGAGAGUUAUUCAAAUAUUUUAUGUUAUUUUAGAUUGGUUAUUUUAUUUUGAUCAAAUCAAUUUGUUCUGCAUUCCAGUUCCCAAUAAAAUAUGAACGAAGCA